AUGGCCUGUAGUGUUGAUGCCAAACUAUUGAAAUCCACAAAGUUUCCUCCCGAAUUUAAUCAGAAGGUGGAUAUGCAGAAGGUCAACGCCGAAGUUAUGAAAAAGUGGAUUGCAGGCAAGAUUUCGGAGAUCUUGGGAAAUGAUGACGAUGUUGUUAUUGAAUUGUGCUUUAAUCUCAUUGAAGGAUCAAGAUAUCCUGAUAUAAAAAAAACACAAAUCCAGCUAACCGGAUUUCUUGAUAAAGAUACCGCUGGCUUCUGCAAAGAACUAUGGAAAUUGUGCUUAAGUGCGCAAGAAAAUCCCCAAGGAGUGCCUAAAGAACUGCUAGAAGCGAAAAAGUUAGAACUAAUUCAAGAAAAGCUCGAAGCUGGGAAGGCCGCAGAAGAAGCUCGUAAAAAGCGAGAAGCUGAACAGCAUCAACAGCAGGAUAACAGCAAAAUAAGAAGCCGACAAAACGAACGUGAAGACCGUAGCAAUCGUGGGGAGCGUGGAGAAUAUGGUGACCGAAAUUCUCGUGGCGGAAGAAGAGACAGCUGGCGUGGUGGAUUCGCAGAUAGAGAUAUUGAUCGCAGGAGGAUUGAUAGGUACAACGGGAGAGCUUUUGACCGACGUUCCAGACGCUAUUCAAGAUCACCACCACCACGUCAGAGAGAUUCUCGAGAAAUGGAUUCUCUUCGUCCUAUCAGAGGACCUGAUACAUAUAUACCUCCACACAGAUUUGAAAGAAGGAAGACAUCUAUCUCGGAUUCUAGAUCUUCGUCAGCUACAAGAUCUCGAUCUCGCAGUCCAACUCGGAGGCGACCUCAGUCUCCGUCAAGAAAUCGCUCACCUAUCCCCCGACGUAAAUCAAUAACGCCACCGAGACGCGUCGAUUCAUACCGUGGCCGUGGUGAAAGGUCAGCGAAAGGUAAAGGUUUUGAAAGGCGUGCAGCACGAAGAUCUCCAAGCUAUUCGAAUUCAUCUAGAUCUCGCUCGUACUCUCGAUCGCCCAGCCCAGCUAAACGUAGAAGACCCAAACCAAAAACCAAAAGCCCAUCUCCAUCAAUAUCUCGCCGGGUACGUCGUGUCAGAUCGAGAUCUCGCUCCUCGUCCAGCUCGAGGUCUCCAACUCGCACACAUCGCCGCCGCAGAUCUAGAAGUAGAGCAAGAACAAGAGCCUCCCCCUCACCUGAUUCUGAUAAUCAUGUGCCAAAUAAGCAACCAGAGACCCGGAGAGACCGUGGUCACAACGAGUAUCGACUAACUCGUAGUCGAAGCAUUACGCCUCAUGAACGUCGAAAUUCUUGGAGAAAUCGGAGUCGGAGCAGGGAUCAUGGUGAGAGAAUAAGGAAGAGAAGACGUUCCAUCCAGCGAUAUGAGCCAGUAAACAGGAGACGUCAAAACGCCUCGGCAGAUUCACCACCAAACGAAAAAAAAGAAAAAAAAGCUGAUUUAUAUGAGAGCGAUAGGAGAUCACCAGGGCGAGACCUCAAAAGAGGAAAAAAAUUAGAGGUCGUAACCAAAGAUACUAGUAAAAAUCAGUGA